AUGAAGGUAGGUAAUGGCGAUGUUUUAGAGGUCUAUGAGGAGUCAGAAGAGGAGGGUCAUGAAAGCGAAGGUGAGUCUCGGAAAUUACUUAAGAAGAAGAAGCUUACUAAAAGUCAGUUGAGUGAGAAGAGGAAGCUAACCCAAGAAAGGAAGCUACUGGGACUCGUGAAGCCCGACGUGACAACUAAUCGAGAGAAGGAGAGGCUAUUGAAAAGAAUCGCAACUAAAGGUGUUGUGCAACUUUUCAACGCAGUUGCUGAGAGGCAACGAGUCUUGGCGGAAGAAAUGUCUAAGAAGAUGACUGCUAAAGAACGAAGGGAAACUAUGAAGCGAUUACAAGGGGACACUUUCCACGUUUACCCUGAGAAAAGCAGGGAUGAUGUGACGAAGGUAACUUUUUCGAGUGUUUUUUGA